CUUUUCCUUGUGUGCUAUGCUAUAGAUUUUGUUUAGUUAAAACCACUGAUAAACUGACGACAAUGUCGGACAAUGAAGGAGAGACUUCGGCGCCCAUUACAGCGGCCGCACCUAUUCUUGACGUGAAUAUGGCUCUACAAGAAGUCUUGAAGACGUCAUUGACUCACGACGGUCUGGCCAGAGGUCUUCACGAAGCGGCCAAAGCAUUGGAUAAACGACAGGCACAUCUGUGCGUUUUGGCCACCAAUUGCGAUGAACCGAUGUAUCAGAAACUCGUGGAAGCUCUCUGUGCUGAACAUCAGAUCGAUUUGAUCAAAGUUGACGACAACAAGAAGUUAGGCGAAUGGGCCGGUCUUUGCAAGAUUGACAAAGAAGGGAAGGCACGCAAAGUGGUUGGAUGUAGUUGUGUUGUCGUUAAAGAUUACGGCAAAGAGACGCCAGCCAUGGAUUUCCUCAAAGAAUACUUCAAUUCUAAGAAGUCUGGCGUAUAAUUUGAUCACUAUUUGUAACUAAUUUUUGAGUAAAAAAAUAAAGUUGUAUUGAAUUAAUUUGUUGAUCAUAUUAUCAUUUUGCUUAUCCU